CCUUAUUAGAAAUUAGAAAGAGAAAAAACAAUUAAUAAUUCUUGUGCAACAUCUUAAUGUAACUUUACAUUUACAACACACUUAUUCAUUAGAUUGUUUCUGGGUUUGAACUUUAUAUGCAGAUGGUAAAAUGUGGGGAUUACUUCCAGGCAGAGGAUGGUCCCAGAGAAUUUGGUAAUAUAUAUAUAGCCACUAAAUGGAUAAGAACUACUGAAACUUCAUUAGUGUUACGCCUUCUGGAGGUAAACAAUAGGGAGUCGGAGGAGGCACCCAUAUAUGUUCUGCAUAUUCUGUACCCUGAAUGGCCUGAUCAUGGAGUUCCAAAGGACACAUUUGCUGUGCGUGAAAUUUUGAAAAGGAUAUACCAUGUACCACCUAAUAUUGGUCCCAUAGUGGUGCACUGCAGUGCAGGUAUUGGGAGAACUGGAACAUAUUGCGCCAUCCAUAACACAAUCCAAAGAAUCCUUGAUGGAGAUAUGUCUGCUUUAGAUCUUGUUAAUACCGUAACUAUGUUCAGGUCUCAGAGAAUUGGAAUGGUCCAAACCCAGGAUCAAUAUCUUUUCUGCUAUAAGGCUAUCAUUGACGAAUUAGAAGACCUAAUCUCGGAGUUCAAUUCUCGAACCUCAAAAUGAUAGAUUAAUAGCUAUUGCUCAUCAUUAAUACCAAUGCUGAAUAAGGCUGAGAGAGAGAGAGAGAGAGAGAGAGAGAGAAGACGAGAAGACCAGCUUCCUGCUUCUCCCUGUAUGUUUUAGUUCUUCAGCUGUCUGGUUCCCACAAUAAUGGUGGAACCCAGAACCCAGAACAUUGCUGAAUAAUGAAUUUCUCCUCAAAUCGACCGGUUCUCUCCCCAUAGAGGGAACUGAGGAGAUGAAUGAUUCAAAUGGCCUCUAUUUCAUCUUUAUAUCGGUUUCCCACAGACUGCUAGAAAAAAUAACUGACUUGUAGCCAUUGCAAGAUUCUGAUUCAUUCAUCAUGGACAGGUUCAAAAUGGUUGUUGUCCUUUGAGGCCAACUAAGUCCAUUGAAUGCUUAGAUAACUAUGAAUAAUAUGCAUGUUCAAAUGGUCAUUAAUAGCAAAACUGGAAUGAUUUGCAAGUUCCUCUAUGUUGACAAUGGGCCAUGGCCAUUUGUAAUUGAACUGUUAAGAGUACAGGGUUGUAAUUAGUGUAACUUAUGAGGGUAUAAUUGUCAUUUGAAUGUAGUAUGUAUAUGCUGUUGAACUUCAAUGAGUAACAAGUUGUAUUCUCUCUC